UUGGCUAUGGCGGUGGACUGGGGUCCGGUGGUGGUGGCGGUGAUACUGUUCAUCCUGCUGUCGCCGGGGCUUCUGUUCCAGGUGCCGGCGAGGACGAGGGUGGUGGAGUUCGGCAACAUGUGCACCAGCGGCGUCUCCGUCCUCGUCCACGCCGUCUUCUUCUUCGUCCUCUUCACCGUCCUCGUCGUCGCCAUUGGCAUCCACGUCCGUGCCGGCUAGCCGUAGCUCCGAUCGAUCUGACGCAUGUACGUACGUACGUGCGUUUACCUCACCUGCAUGUACUCUAAUAAGCCUGUUGCCACUGAAAGUAAUAGGAGAACUGGAGGAGGUGUCAUAUGCACAUAGCACCUAUAUCAUAUUGUAAUCGUACGUUUAAUCGAUCCGUACAGUAC